GCGAAUAGUGAACAUUAAAUUAAUGAAUUAAAGUACAAAAUGAUAAAAAGUAAUAACUUGAUACGCUUAAUCUUUACAGGCUCCCCCGGACAACAGGCCAACAACAAAGAAGGACACAAAGGAGAGCCUCCCUCGACGUGAAGAGCCGCAUCAGGAGUCAGCCAUGGAUGAACAGCAGGAGUACCAGACGAACGCAGCACGAUGCAGGGACGGAGCACCAGAAAUCCAAAAUCGCAGGAGUGUAGCUGGAGCAGUCCGCAGCGCCGUUCCAUACAGGAGUCGUCGGCUCCCCCGGACAAGGCAACAUCAAAGAAGGAUACAAAGGAGAGCCUCCCUCGACGUGAAGAGCCGCAUCAGGAGUCAGCCAUGGAUGAACAGGCUCCCCCGGACAGCAGGCCAACAUCAGAGAAGGACACAAAGAAGAGCCUCCCUCGACGUGAAGAGCCGCAUCAGGAGUCAGCCAUGGAUGAACAGCAGGAGUACCAGACGAACGUAUCACGAUGCAGGGACGGAGCACCAGAGAUCCAGAAAUAGCAGGAGUGCAUCUGGAGCAGUCCGCAGCGCCGCAUCAUACAGGAGUCGUCGCGUUGGGAGGCAGCAGCGAAGCCACUGCAAGUAAUACGCAGACACCUCAACAAAUAUUAGCGAGAGUUCGCAGUGUUAACGGCAGGCGGCAGAAAUC